GAAUUUUGUCGUUAGACGGAAUGGUACUAUUUACUGCCUAACAAGCCCUGGGUGAAUGGUGUCCAUAGAAAAUUUUAAGUAAAACAAAAGACAAUGUGAUCAAUAGUGUUGGAGUGAUUGAGAAUUGUUUAAUUCUACGUGUACUGCAAAUUGGUAUUCCUCACUCUUAGCUAUAAUGGCAUUGGGUUUUGAUAACGCUUGUUGCUGGAUAUUCACAUUGUUACUUACCAGCGUAACAUGUUACAACAUAUCUUCCGAAAGACUCCAUUCUCUCAAGCUAAACCAUGAUUCAACUAAGCUCACCUGGAUGGUUGACUGGCCCAAGAAGGAAGUUUUGUUCUACAUAAAUAAUACCUUUGAUAAUGGAAAAUUUAAGACUUUUGCCAUCGGAUUUUCCCAACGAGGAGAACUAUCCAGAUGUGAUCUCUGUGUGUUUACCUCUGUUCCUAAACUUUAUCAACAGGUGCAUGACUCAUACACAUCCCGAAAGUUUGAUCACAUCUUCAGAGACACUCUACAAAAUUGUGAAGUUAUGUAUAUGGAUGACAAUUCUGUUGCGUUUCGUCGAAAAUUUGAUACUUGUGAUCCGCAAGAUAUCGUAUUUCAUACUGGUACUAUGUAUAUUGUAUGGUUGCGUUCUAAUGCAUUGCUUGAAUGGUCAAAUAAUUCAACUAUUAUACCAAAACACAGUACGAAGAAUCAAGGUGUUCUACCAGUACAACUGCUAAGAGCUGAUAAGAUACGUAUUCCCGAAACUGGACAGAUUUUGAAAAAGUUAGACGUUCGACUGAAUAACGUAUCUGUCCCAGCGGCGGAAACAACGUACUGGUGCAAAAUACAACAGCUAGAUCCGUGGCUAACGAACGCAAAACAUCACAUAGUUCAAUUCGAGCCGAUAAUAGACAACGAAGCAUUAGUUCAUCAUAUGGAAGUAUUUCAAUGUAUCGCGGGCAAUGCCGAAAUUCCAACCUACGACGGUCCCUGCCAAAAUAUGCCCGCAUCCGGUCACCUAUGCUCGAAAGUUAUGGCACUCUGGGCGAUGGGAGCUGGAUCAUUCACUUAUCCGCGUGAAGCAGGUCUUCCCAUCGGUGGUAAAGAUUUCAACCCACACAUCCGUCUAGAGGUUCAUUUUAAUAACCCAAGAAUGCUGUCUGGCUACAAUGAUAGCUCCGGUAUGCGUAUCAAUGUGGUUUCAAAGCUGCGUCGUUACGAUGCGGCUAUUAUGGAACUGGGUCUAGAAUAUACAGACAAGAUGGCUAUUCCACCAGAACAGCUUGCUUUUCCGCUUCAUGGAUACUGUAUAGCAGAGUGCUCGAAGAUAGCUCUUCCGAAAACGGGAAUUGUUGUGUUUGGUUCACAGCUGCACACCCAUUUACGCGGAGUACGUGUUCUUACACGGCAUUUCCGAGGAAAAACUGAACUACCAAUACUUAAUCAAGACGAUUUCUUCUCCCAUCACUACCAAGAGAUCCGACAGUUACGUUACAAGCCUCGAGUUCUUCCGGGUGAUGCAUUAGUAACUUCCUGUUACUACGAUACGCGUGGCUACAAUUCUACAACACUCGGAGGGUUUGCAAUCAGCGAUGAAAUGUGCGUGAAUUAUAUACAUUACUAUCCAGCGACAGAACUUGAAGUUUGUAAAAGUUCCAUCUCGGAAAAUUCAUUGUAUGAAUAUUUUUUGUACAUGAAAAACAUUCACAAACAAAACAUAACAUCGCCUAAUGGACCUCGUUCAGAAAACUAUCGAGUAAUUGACUGGAAUCAGGCCAAAGCUAACGAACUUAUUGAUGUGUACGUGACAGAGCCUAUCAGUAUGCAAUGCAACCGAUCAAACGGUUUGCGUUUCGAUGGAUUUGAAUGGGAAAAUGCGCCAAUAACAUCAUUCAAUCUCGCUCCUCCUGAUCAAUCUAAGACGUGCUCUCCAGUAAAAUCAGGUAUUGGAUGGUUCAGAUCGUUAAACAAUGGGCUUUGUGAUAAUUAUGGUGAUUGUAUAUAUGCAGACACAAAACUUAAAGAAUAGAAUAUGUAAUGCCCAAAAGCAAUUUAAAUGAUUCUGAAAAAGUGUAACUGGCGAGGAAAGAGACUAAAACAAGAUAAUAUUAGUUUAAGAUUUAGCCUGAGAUGAUAUUUUAUGUUAUGAAUGUACUAAUAAAACAUUUUGGAGUACAACUGA